AUGCCUAGCCCGGCCAAGAAGCGAAAAACAAAUACACUCGGCUCAUCCUCCGGGCACGUCAGGCGCAUUGAAUCAUUCUUCACACAGCAGCAGACACAGCCAAAACUCCAGUCGCAAACGACAAUAUCAGACCAGACAGAAGGAACCCUGAGCGACGAACAGCUCGCCCGAAAACUACAAGCUGAAUGGAAUCAAGAGGAGGAGGAGGAUGCGCCGACAGCUUCCGAACCCACCGCAAUCGCAGAUAACAAUAAUGAUUCCCCGGACAAAAAUGUCACAAAAGUGACCCCUCCUCCAGCAGCUACGAUAUCGGAUAUUUCGACUCUUGUGCGGUCAAAACCGACUUUUCAGAAAGAUAUAUUAUCCUUGCAGUCCCAUAUUGGUUCAGAAGAUACCAUCGUCUCGUCUAUCCCCCUCGACGAAAGUCCCUUGACAUUCGACCCUUCAAAAUACAUCCCAGAGCUCCAGAAGCACUGGAAAACACAAGACAGCGGGGGCAGCGGAGAUGCAUCAUAUGCGCUCCUGACAAGAGCCUUCGUGUUGGUGAACGCGACGACGAAACGGAUCAAAAUCGUGGAUACUCUGGUGAACCUAUUACGAAUUCUGAUCGAGGGGGCUCCGGACAGCCUCUUGCCGGCAGUCUGGUUGGCGACUAAUUCAUUUGCGCCGCCGUAUGAGCCGGCAGAACUUGGGCUUGGAGGGUCGGCUAUAUCAAAAGCUUUUAAAAACAUAUACGGGCUGAAUAGUCAGGGGCUCAAGACACUAUAUAAUAAGCAUGGAGACGCCGGGGAUGUGGCAUUCGAGGCCAAGAAACGACAGAGCUUCACGCUCAAGAAGCCGAAACCACUGACUAUAAAGGGUGUCUAUCAAUCCCUAGUCAAGAUUGCAAGAAGCAAAGGUACUGGAAGCCAAGAGACCAAACAACGCAUCGUCGAAAGAUUACUUCAAGAUACUCGAGGGGCCGAGGAGAGUCGUUAUAUUGUGAGAACUCUAGUCCAGCACCUACGCAUCGGUGCUGUGAAAACGACGAUGCUCAUUGCGCUCGCAAGAGCGUUUCUAUUCUCUAAACCCCCCGACGCGAGAUUUACAGUCCAAGGAAUGCACCAUCUAAGCUGCCUGAAAAAGGAGGAGCUUACUGAAGUUUAUGCCAAAGCUGAAGAGAUGGUCAAGGCGUCUUAUGCUCGUCAUCCCAACUACGACGAUCUCGUACCGUGUCUACUUGAGAUCGGCGUGUCGGAAGAAUUACUUGUGCGAUGUGGAUUGGCGCUACAUAUCCCCCUACGACCUAUGCUGGGCAGUAUCACUCGAGAUCUGUCAGAUAUGUUGACCAAAUUACAAGGAAAAGAAUUUGCCUGCGAGUACAAGUACGACGGCCAACGAGCACAGGUUCACUGCGACGCAAACGGCAAAGUGAGCAUAUUCUCCCGCCAUCUCGAAGUCAUGACAGACAAGUAUCCAGACCUGGUCUCCCUCGUACCCCAAAUUCGAGGCGAGUCCGUGUCCAGCUUUAUCCUCGAAGGGGAAGUAGUCGCCGUCGACCGGGAGACUGGCGACCUCCAAGCGUUCCAGAUCCUCACCAAUCGCGCCAAGAAAAAUGUUGAUGUUGGGAGCAUCAAGGUGAAUGUCUGUCUUUUUGCGUUUGAUUUGAUGUACCUGAACGGCGAGCCGCUGCUCGACCGGUCAUUCAGAGAACGGCGGAGUAUGCUUCGCGGGCUUUUUACAGAAAUUUCUAAUCGAUUUACAUGGGUCAAGAGCAUAGACACUACGUCUGGGGAGUCGGAGGCUGUGCUGGAGUUUUUCAAGAGCGCGACUGACGUCAAAUGCGAGGGCAUCAUGGUCAAAAUCCUGGACAACAACGGCAACAACCAGAACCAGAAGCAACCCCCAGGUACAAUCGCCGACGAGGAAGAACUCACAGAAAACCAAGCCGUCACAACGCAGCCCAAAAAAGAAAAACCCACACGCCGCAAAGCCCUGCUUUCAACCUACGAACCCGACAAACGGCUCGAAUCAUGGCUCAAAGUGAAAAAGGACUAUAGCGCCUCAUCCGAGACCCUCGACCUAAUACCCAUUGGCGCAUGGCACGGCAACGGACGCAAAGCUAAAUGGUGGUCGCCAAUCCUCCUCGCCGUGCGCAACCCGGAGACAGGCUACCUAGAAGCCGUCACCAAAUGCAUGUCCGGCUUCACCGACAAAUUCUACCAAACAAACAAAGACAAAUACGCCCAGGGCAGCGAAAACGUCAUCUCGCGGCCCAGCUACGUCGACUACGGCGCCGGCGAGCCAGAUGUCUGGUUCGAGCCGCAGGAAGUUUGGGAGAUGGCGUUUGCGGAUAUCACGUUGAGUCCAACGUAUACGGCAGCUAUCGGGCUUGUCAGUGAGGAGAGGGGAUUGAGUCUGCGGUUCCCACGCUUUCUGCGAGUGCGAGAGGAUAAAUCGCUGGAGGAAGCGAGCACGUCGGACUUUCUCGCUGGGCUAUGGCGGAAACAGGCGGAGCGUGCGACGGAAGAGGGCAUACUCCUUGGUGAGGAAAACGACGACGAGGAUCUUGCGCUUGAACACUGA